AUGAUCGUCAGAUCGUAUUUCAUGAUGUUUGAGCAGAACGAGCCUUUCAGAUUCAAUUUUGCCAGCGAUGACACAACCCCAGAGCGCAUCCAGGUUAUAGGAAAAGAUAACGAUGCAGCCUUGCCCGCAGAAGAAUUGCUCCUUUUCAGCCAGGAAGCUGAAGGCAGGGAAGAGUCCUCCACAGGCGGUCCGCACUCACUCAGAGAAAAUUUGCUCACUGAUGUUGUGGAGAUAGCGCCGGGAUUGAGCCUGCAAAAGGGUAGGUUGUCGAGCGAGGCAGCAUCUAAUAUGCUUCAAGAAGAGGGUCUGGCAGACAGCGAUCUCAUCCCUGGGAAAUAUGAGGGAGGCUUCAAGCUGUGGGAGUGUGCAGUAGAUUUGGCGCGCUUCAUGUGUCAGCACUUUGAGUUGCAAGACUUUGACCAGCAUGCCUACCCACAGCUGCAAGGUCGGCCAAGGGCACUGGAACUGGGUUGCGGUCAAGGGAUACCAGGAAUACUCCUCUUGAGGGCUGGUGCCGAGGUGCACUUCCAGGAUUACAAUGGGGAAGUUUUGAGGGCCCUCACCGCUCCCAAUGUCGCAGCAAAUACAGCAGCUGGUAGAGAACAUGCAGAGGACUGUACAUCGACCAGCUCACGAUUCUUUGCAGGUGACUGGGCUGGGUUGCCCAGAUUGUUGAAAACGGAAGGUCUCCUGGGAACAUAUGACAUUGUCCUUUCUGCAGAGACUGUGUACAGCCUUGACUCACAACAGCAGCUUCUCAAUUGCAUCAGACAGUGUCUGAAGCCCGAUGUGGGUAAGGCGUGGAUAGCCGCAAAAUCCUAUUACUUUGGAGUAGGCGGUGGCACUGCCUCUUUUACUCGGCUUGUAAAGCAGGAUGGGACAUUUGAAGUGAAGGUCGUGGAUGUGAUUGAUGAUGGAGCAUCAAACAAGAGAGAAAUCCUUCUCCUGAGCUUCAGG